UACCAUCAGUUUCAUCAUAUCUGCUACUACCACGCUUGUACCUGGCAUCAUGUUCAGACUGACGGUGGUCACCUUGCUGGUUGCAGCUUCCUGUGCACUAACGGAUGGAGCACGCAGCAUCACAUGUGAAGGCUCUGAUGCUUUACUACAAUGUGAUAGAGGUAAGAUCCAUAUCGAGCGUGCCAACUAUGGUCGUCGUCAACGCAACGUGUGUUCCAUUGGGCGCCCCGCUAACCAACUCACCAACACCAACUGCCUCAGCCAAUCCACCACCAGUAAGAUGGCAGCAAGGUGUGACGGGAAGAGCCAGUGUGUCGUCCCGGCAUCCAAUUCUGUUUUUGGAGACCCCUGUGUCGGAACCUAUAAGUACCUGGACACCAAAUACUCCUGUGUCCAACAGCAAGUAGCAAUAAGCAGCACCAUAUGUGAAGGCUCUGAUUCUCAACUACAAUGUGAUGAAGGUAAGAUCCAUAUCCAGAGUGCCAACUAUGGUCGUCGUCAACGCAACGUGUGUUCCAUUGGGCGCCCCGAUAACCAACUCACCAACACCAACUGCCUCAGCCAAUCCACCACCAGUAAGAUGGCACAAAGGUGUGAUGGGAAGAGCCAGUGUGUCGUCCCGGCAUCCAACUCCGUGUUUGGAGACCCCUGUGUCGGAACCUAUAAGUACCUGGAGGUGGCUUACACCUGUGACUGUGUAUUAGGUCAGGUUACCAUCAGUUUCAUCUUAUCUGCUACUACCACGCUUGUACCUGGCAUCAUGUUCAGACUGACGGCGGUCACCUUGCUGGUUGCAGCUUCCUGUGCACUAACGGAUGGAGCACGCAGCAUCACAUGUGAAGGCUCUGAUGCUUUACUACAAUGUGAUGGAGGUAAGAUCCAUAUCGAGCGUGCCAACUAUGGUCGUCGUCAACGCAACGUGUGUUCCAUUGGGCGCCCCGCUAACCAACUCGCCAACACCAACUGCCUCAGAAAAUCCACCACCAGGAAGAUGGCAGAAAGGUGUGACGGGAAGAGCCAGUGUGUCGUCCCGGCAUCCAAUUCUGUUUUUGGAGACCCCUGUGUCGGAACCUAUAAGUACCUGGACACCAAAUACUCCUGUGUCCAACAGCAAGUAGCAAUAAGCAGCAUCAUAUGUGAAGGCUCUGAUUCUCAACUACAAUGUGAUGAAGGUAAGAUCCAUAUCCAGAGUGCCAACUAUGGUCGUCGUCAACGCAACGUGUGUUCCAUUGGGCGCCCCGAUAACCAACUCACCAACACCAACUGCCUCAGCCAAUCCACCACCAGUAAGAUGGCAGAAAGGUGUGAUGGGAAGAGCCAGUGUGUCGUCCAGGCAUCCAACUCCGUGUUUGGAGACCCCUGUGUCGGAACCUAUAAGUACCUGGAGGUGGCUUACACCUGUGACUAAAUGAUAUCUUCCCUGAGGAACCUGAAGGCUUCUGGGAUUUCUUCAUCGAGUGGAUCAGUUUAUUUUCCUCCAACCCCCAAAAUCAACUUCAAAUCAUUGUAAACCUGUGCCUUUUGUGCAAAAGCGUUUCUUAAACAAUUCUGAACUGUGGUGGUUAGUCUAAAUUAAACUAAGCAGCAUGAAUCCAAGACUUGGUGUCUUUAGUUCUAUAUUACUAAAUUUCUACUGUCACACCAA